AUGGUAAACGCGGUUGCUGCCAGCACGCAAGGGAGUGGAUCUCGGUUCCAAGUUUUAGAAACAAUAGAGACUGAAGUGGAAAUCACAAAAAGGAGCAGCGAGGAGGUUGAUGCUUCAAAGCAACCCACCCAGCAAGUAGCUGACACCAUGAUACAGACUCAGACAUCACUUGAGGGAGGUUUGCAGGUUUCAAGGGUAGUGGAGGGUGGAAAUAGCCUUGUGACCGUUCCAGUCGCGCAGGUGGAAGCACAUGUUACCUUUACCGCAAAGCCUGUGAAUGGUAACAAGGUCACGACGGCCAAGGGUGCUGGGAUUGCUCCUAAAAUGGGUAAACCGAGUAAAGGCGAGGAUCAACGUAAAAUGAGUUCCUCAACCAAAUCCAAGCAGCUGCCAGGCCCAGAAUUUUCAAGUUUGGAACGAUACAACCGGGAACAGGACCUUGAAUUUGCCGGGUUUCUAGUGGUGUGA